AGCGCACGGCCCCAUGUGCUGAACGCCGCAGGAAUAUCGCGUUGUGUUUGCGGGAGAUUGGUUGUUGAAACCAUCUGUUUUCUGUCGGAAGAGGAGUGCGAAAAUUGUUUUAAACGUUUGGAUUGGACUAUUCAUUACAUAUUAGUUUGAAUCACUGCAAGCGAAUCAUGGCAUCAAGAUCCAGAAAGGGAGGAGAUUCGGACCCUCAGAUUACUCAUGUCCAGAUUGACGGACUGGCAAUGAUGAAGAUCAUCAAGCACUGUCACCAGGACCUAGCUAGCCAGGCUGAUGAAGCACAGGGUGUUCUGCUGGGUCUCAUCAUGGAAAACAAGCUGGAAGUCACAAACUGCUUUCCAUUCCCAAGGAGCAUAGAUGGUGUUGAUGAUGAGCGCUACCAGCUGGACAUGAUGCGGCUGCUGCGGCUGGUCAACGUGGACUACCUGUCGGUCGGCUGGUACCAGAGCGCCUCCAGCGGCAACUAUAUCAGCCGCCAGCUGCUCGAGUCGCAGUUCCAGUACCAGGACUCCAUCGAGGAGUCGUUCGUCAUCAUCUACGACCCAAUGAAGACGGCCGCCGGCUGCCUGGCCAUCAAGGCGUACCGGCUCACCAAGCCGGCCAUGGAGAUGGUCAAGGAGAGGGGCUACUUCAACUUCGACAUGCUCAGGACGCUCAAGAUCGGUCACGAGAACAUGUUCCAGGAGCUGAAGGUGGUGGUGCGCAACUCUCACCUGGUGAACGCGCUGCUCUCCGAGCUGAGCGAGGUGUUCCCCGAGACGCGUAACCUGGAGAUGAUGGAUCUAGGCACCGCGCCCGUGCUGCAGCGCCAUCUGCGCAGCAUCAUGGACUGCACGGACGAGAUGUCCCAGUUCCACCAGUUCCAGAAGCAGACGGUGAAGCAACAGCUGGAGAAGCAGCGGUACACGCAGCGACGGAACGUGGAGAACGCGGCGCGGAAGGCGCGCGGCGAGCCGCCCCUGCCCGACGAGGAUUUCAACUUCAAGCCGAUCCAGCCGCCUCGCGACCUGGAGGCGGGCGUCAUCGUCGGCGGCCAGAUGGCCAUCUACUGCCAGCAGAUCAACGACUUCUGCUCGCAGGCGCUGGCCAAGCUCUUCUUGGUCGACUCACUCCACCAGAACCCGGCGCCGCGGCCGCUCGGCCAGUAGUGGCGCCACCGGGCGGCCGGCUCGCAAACUGCCGCUCGCUGGUGGCGGCGAUGGUGGCGCCCGCUUCGCCCGCUCGUUUGGUUUCACGCCCGGUGUGGGUUUGCCGCGUUAUAUGUGGGGAAGACGGUCAAUACACGUGCUAUCCGUUUU